AUGGCUACCGCUACAAUCACCACCCACACAACCAUUCCAUACUCAGUAUUUUCCCCAAAGCAGAAAUAUGUCUUGAUGGUGAUACUAUCGAUGGCCGGAUUCUGGAGCACAGUUUCAUCCACCAUUUACUUCCCAGCAAUUCCUACGGUGCUGUCGUACUUCAACAUAUCAAGUGGAAUCGCCAAUUUGUCGGUGGUGGCAUACCUUUUUUUCCAGGGUAUUGUCCCCACAUUUUCCUCCAACGCAGCCGAUACCGUCGGUAGAAGACCUAUGAUAUUACUAAGUUUAUUGAUCUAUGUGGCUGCGUGUAUUGGCUUGGCUCGCUCCAACGCCUAUUGGCUCUUGACGGUGUUACGAUGUGUUCAGGCUGCUGGGAUAGGUCCAGUCAUUUCCAUAUCUUCUGGUAUUGCUGGUGAUGUCUGCACCGCUGCUGAAAGAGGAGGGUUUGUUGGUAUGGUUGGAGGCAUGCAACUCACUGGGAAUGCGUUUGGAGGGCUUCUUGGUUCGGGACUCAUCAGUUCCUACGGCUGGAGAGGGAUUUUUGUGUUCUGUGCGAUUGGUUCUGGGGUUACUUUGGUGGUGAUUUCUCUUGUACUACCAGAAACUCUACGGCAGAUGGUUGGGAAUGGAAGUAUCAAGCCUCAAUCGGUUGUCAAUAUCCCCCCGAUAUUUGUGUUCAAACGAUUGCGGAGAGGAUGGACUAACCAGAUAGAGUCUUUGGGCCCCCGCAAGAACCUAGACGUGCUAGCUCCGUUCAAAAUCCUCUUUAAUUAUCAAACCUUAUGUGUGCUAUUUGCACCAGCCGUCAAGUUUGCCGUGUGGUCGAUGGCAUUAACAUCACUCACGGUUCUAGAGGGUGAUGGAUACAACUACACGGUGCUUAAAGUCGGGUACAUCUAUUUGCCCCAAGGAGUAACGUGCUUGCUAGGAUCGUUGAUUACCGGAAGAUUGUUGAACUGGUCUUAUAGAAGAAGUAAGAAUUUGCACGAUGAAAAGUAUAAAGAGGUCCCCGAACAUGAAAGACCUGUGUUUAAUAGUCUUCGUUCAAGGCUCUAUGUGUGUUUUGUGCCAUCGGUGAUGCAGUUCACAGGUAUGAUCAUUUACGGUUGGUGCUUACAGUUCAAAAUGAACAUUUCAUCUAUCAUCAUCUCGACAUGCUUGAUAUCGUUUUCUUCUUCAGCAGCGAUCUCCACUGUUUCAACCGUUUUGGUGGAUAUGAAUCCUCACCAUGCCUCUGCUGGAGUGUCACUCAUAAACUUGACACGAUGCUGGAUGGCAGCUCUUUGUAUGGGUGUGCUCUCAAAUAUGACAGCGGCCAUGGGACUUGGAGGCACUUAUACCUUUUGGGCAGCAGUUGGACUUUUAGCCGAUACCUUGAUGUUCUAUGUUGCCUGGUACAAGACCAGGUGA